UAGUGUAUGAGUGUUCAGUGUAGAUUGGGUCAUGUCUGGACUUUUGGGUGUCCGACGCCUGCUGCUCUGGGGCUGCCUGGGCCUUGUGCUUCCUGGGCUGGCCCAUGGAGCUGUGCUGGUUUCUUUGGAGGAAGCAGCCAACAUGAAGCUUUCCAGUGGAGCCCCAAGAUCACUGCAGAAAAGAAACUCCGACAAGAAUAUGGUGGAGGUGCACAGCGUGACGGUGGACUGCACAGUUACCUCGCGUUUUGCUCACACCGUGGUGACGUCCAAGGCCCUGAACAAGGCCAACAGCUCACAGGAAAUUUUCUUUGAGGUGGAGCUCCCCAAGACUGCGUUCAUCACCAACUUCAGCAUGGAAAUUGAUGGUCGGGUGUAUGUAGGUGUGGUGAAGGAGAAGGAAAAGGCAAAGAAACAGUACGAGACUGCUGUUAAAGCUGGACAGACCGCUGCGCUGGUGAAGGCUUCAGGGAGAAAGAUGGAGAAGUUUUCUGUCUCUGUUAACAUUGCAGCUUUAAGUGGUGUAACAUUCACGCUGACAUACGAAGAGCUCUUACAGAGAAAACUGGGCCAGUAUGAGAUCGUUACCCGAGUUCGGCCCAAGCAGCCCAUUCAAGAGUUUAAGAUUGUUACAAACAUCUUUGAACCUCAGGGAAUUUCAAAUGUUGAUGUCCAGUCCACUUUCCUCUCCAAUGAGCUGCUUCCUCUAGUGGAGAAAACUGUAACAGACAAAAAAGCACGCGUCUUCUUUUCGCCAACACUGGAGCAGCAGAGGAGUUGUCCAGACUGUGAAGAGACAUUGAUUAAUGGAGAUUUUAUUGUAAAAUAUGACGUGAGGAGAGAAAAGGGCCUUGGCGAUAUACAGAUUAUCAAUGGACACUUUGUGCAUUACUUUGCUCCCCCUGACCUACGCCGUGUCCCAGUGAAUGUAGUGUUUGUCAUUGACGUUAGUGGUUCCAUGAGCGGCAGAAAAAUAGUACAGACUCGAGAGGCAAUGACAAAAAUCCUCCAAGACCUGCAAGAGGAGGAUCACUUUGCCAUAGUCAUAUUUAGUUUUGACGUUAGACCCUUGGAUCCGACACUGCAACAAGCUACCCAGGAAGCUGUCAAGAAAGCAAUGCAAAAAACAAGUAGAUUGAACGCAGUUGGAGGGACAAAUAUUAAUGACGCGGUGCUGAAAGCUGUUGAGAUGCUUCACACAGCAAGGAAAAAUGAAAAACUUCCCCAAAGAAGUGCUGAUGCAAUUAUGUUACUGACUGAUGGCAUGCCAAAUUCAGGGGAAAGUAACCCUGCCAUGAUCCAAAAAAAUGUGCAAAAUGCUAUCAGUGGAAAUAUGUCUCUGUACUGUCUUGGCUUUGGGAAUGACGUAGAAUACUCCUUUCUUGAUGUGAUGAGCCAAGAGAACAAGGGAUUUGCCCGCAGAAUCUUUGAGGACUCUGACGCAGCUCUACAACUACAAGGUUUCUAUGAAGAGGUGUCUAGUCCGCUGCUGUUAGGGGUUGAUUUGAAGUAUCCCGUCACCACCGUGGACUCAUUGACCACAAACCACUUCGACCAUUUGUUCAACGGCACAGAGAUCGUAGUGGCCGGUCGACUUAUGGAUAACAGCAUUGAUAAUUUUCCUGUGGAGGUUUUCGGAGUUGGGCUUGAAGACUACGAGGUGCAGGGCCAGGCCAGUGCUCUUGACUGGGCUGUGAUGUAUCCAGAUGAGGAGUACAUAUUUGGAGACUUUACUGAGCGCCUGUGGGCAUAUCUCACCAUUCAACAGCUUCUGGAAAAGAGUAAGACUGGCAGGGCUGAAGAAAAGGACAAGCAUAAAGCCGAAGCACUAGAGAUGUCCCUGAAGUAUAAUUUUGUGACCCCUCUCACAUCCAUGGUUGUAACAAAACCAGAAUCUGAAGACCCACCGCUAGUGGCUGAUAAGUUGACAGAGGAACAACGUCAACAGGCAGAGAAAAUGGGCCUAACAGCACAGCAUAUGAAAGUGACAAGCACAAGCUAUCACAGACCCAUACAACCUGUUCAACUGGUGGAUGGUGACCCUCACUUCCUGAUUGAGCUGCCAGACAGAGGAGACGCUCUAUGCUUCAAUAUUAACAACAAACCUGGGACUAUCUUUACUUUAGUGAAAGACCAAGAAUCCGGUAUUCUGGUAAAUGGACAGACAAUAGGAGACAAGGCAAUACCCCCUGAUGGUCAAAUCAAUACAUAUUUUAGUCGCUUUGGAAUUGUCCAUAAAACCUUGGGAGUACAGCUGGAGGUGAGCACUCAGGACAUCUCUGUGUUCCAGGACGGCAAAUGGGUCACUCUUCUAUGGUCUGGUACAGCAUCACUUAAAGGACCCAAUCUGGAUUUACUGUUGAGCAAAGACCGCAGCUUAACUGUGACUUUAAAAGACUCUGUGAAGUUUGUGAUCUUAUUACAUAAAGUGUGGGAGAAGCACCCAUACCACAGAGACUACCUGGGCUUCUACACACUAGAUAGCCAUCUUUUGUCCCCCAAUGUCCAUGGUCUUCUAGGUCAAUUUUAUCACAACAUUGAGUUUGAAGUGUCUGACCUGCGUCCAGGAGAAUCCCCAGAGAAACCAGAUGCCACUAUGUUUGUAAAAGGACACCAGCUCAAUGUGACAAGAGGCUGGCAGAGAGACUUCAGGAAUAAUAUAAAGAACGGAGAGAACAUCCCUUGCUGGUUCAUCCACAACAAUGCCACAGGCCUCAUUGAUGGAGAAGCAAGUGACUACAUUGUGUCAGGUCUUUUCAAGAAUUUCUGAAA